AUGGUGGCCAUGGACGCUGGCCACCUCAGGGAUUCGUGGAAGGGAGUCAUGUACGCCCUCUGCAUGCACAACAGCAACAACAAGAUCAUUCACGUCAGCACUGUACUCGCAGACAAGGAGAACGCGACCAACUACAAGUUCCUGCUCCAGCAGACCUGCCGGAACGAGCACAUGCAGCGACUUCUUUCGUCCGGCGAGGUGACGUUCUACAUCGACGGUCACAAAGGAUCACCGGCGGCCCUCAGGCCGGUCCUACCGCAAGCACCAUGGCGUGCGUGCGUGAGGCACCUCGUCACCAACAAAAACAUGAAGGCAAUGGGACACGUGCACAAGAUGAGGCACUCGCCCAACUAG